AUGGGCACCGGAAAGAAAGAGGCCACCCGAAGGGUGCGCCAAGGGAAGACUGGAGAUGGCCUUGGCAAUGUCAGAGUCAAGGGAGAGAACUUCUAUCGCGAUGCAAAGAAGGCCAAGGCGGUGAAGAAGUACACGAGUGGCAAGGAGCAGCGCAAUGCAGACGGCGAGAUUACCAAGGCUGCCAUCUACCAGUCGAGGGAAGUUCCCAACGCCCGCAUCGAGCCGAACCGGAAGUGGUUCAACAACACCCGCGUCGUGUCCCAGGAAACUCUCAAGUCUUUUCGUGAGGCCAUGGCUGAGAAGGCCAACGAUCCCUACCAAGUUCUUCUCAAGCAGAACAAGCUUCCUAUGAGCUUGAUUCGAGAUGGCAAUGGAGCGAAAGGCCUCAAGGAGCACGAGGCCAAGAUGGCCGUGGCGACCCAACCGUACUCAUCGAUCUUUGGACCCAAGGCGCAGCGAAAGCGAGUCAAGCUUGGUGCUAGCAGUCUUGGGGACUUGGCCGACGACACUGAAAAGAGCAUGGACACGUACCGCGAACGCCUUGAGCAGGCCAAGCUUCUGAGUGGCACAUCUGGCGACGCCAAUCAGGACGGUGAAACAGAUGGCGCCCUCACAUUAGCCAUCGAACCCGUCUUUGACAAGGGCCAGAGCAAACGAAUCUGGAACGAGCUUUACAAGGUCAUUGACUCUUCCGACGUUGUCAUUCAUGUUCUGGACGCCAGAGACCCAAUCGGCACAAGAUGCAGGGGCAUUGAGAAGUACCUCAAGGAGGAGGCCCCACACAAGCAUCUCAUCUUCGUUUUGAACAAGUGUGAUCUCGUUCCGACUGGUGUUGCUGCUGCCUGGGUCCGACAUCUUUCGAAAGAGUAUCCCACCCUCGCCUUCCAUGCCAGUAUCACCAAUUCCUUCGGGAAGGGAUCACUCAUCGCUCUUCUCAGACAAUUCUCAAGUCUCCAUUCGGACAGGAAGCAGAUCUCGGUUGGCUUGAUCGGCGGACCCAACACAGGAAAAUCAUCCAUUAUCAACACUCUUCUGAAGAAGAAGGUGUGCAAUGUUGCCCCAAUUCCUGGAGAGACGAAGGUGUGGCAGUACGUCAGCUUGAUGAAGCGCAUCUACCUCAUCGAUUGCCCGGGUGUUGUGCCUCCGUCCAACCAAGAUACCCCAACGGACCUCGUGCUUCGUGGUGUGGCUCGUGUGGAAAAGGUUGAAAACCCUGAGCAGUAUAUCGGCGCCCUUCUAGAGAGAGUCAAGCGACGCCACAUGGAGAGGACGUACGAACUGACCAACUGGACCAAUGCCACUGAGUUUCUGGAACUCCUCGCCCGAAAGGGUGGCCGUCUUCUUCGUGGUGGCGAGCCUGAUUUGGAUGGAGUUGCCAAGAUGGUGCUGAAUGACUUCAUGAGAGGCAAGAUUCCUUGGUUCACGCCACCUCCACACACCCCUGAGGAGGGAGAGGAGGGAGUCAAUGGCCGAGAAGGAAAGCUUGGAGAGAUGCCAAAGAAGCGCAACCGAGAGGAGACCCUGCCAGAGUCUGAGAUAUCAGCAGAUGCCCAACUCCAACAAGAAGCUUCUUUCGCUGCCGAGAAGGAUGAGGAGUCUGAUGACAGCGAAGGCGAUGAUGGGUUUGAGGGCUUCGGUAGCGAUACCGACAAGGGACGGUCUAGAAAGUCAUCAUUUGGUGGCACUCUAGCAACGCAAAGCGAGGACGGUAGCGGAGACGAAGACGUCUUGUCUGUCGACGAUGAUUCCGCUGACGAGGAGGAGGAGGAAGCUGAAGAAGAACCAGAAGAGUCUGAUCCAGCAGAAGAGAUCACCAGGCCCAGCAAGCGACGCAGGAGAUGA